AUGAUGAUCAACGUUCAGAUUUUUGUUUAUUUUUUUCUUAUCUUUCAAUUUUUAUUAUUAUCAUUGAUAACUACAACAAAAAUUCAUGAAAUAAAUGAAGCCAUUUUUCUUGAUCCACGUACUCAUUCAGCAUUAAUACGAUGUCCAUUAGAUUUUAUACAUAGUUCAGAUAUACAAUGGUAUGAUGUAGCCAAUCAUCAUUAUGAAUUAGAUCGUGGACGUUAUUUUCGUAUCAAUGGUUCACAUUCAUAUGAUCGUGAAUUUAUUUGCUCAAGUGUAUCACAAACUGAAAAUGAAAAUCAUGAUAAAUAUCGAAUUAAAAUUCGUACAUAUGAUCGUCCAUUAAAUAUUCGUCAAGCUUCUAUUCGAAAUGUAACUAAUACAAGUAUAACUAUUGAUUGGGAAGAUGAUAGUUAUAAUCAAAAUGCAAAUAUAACUUACUAUGAAUUAGUUUUAAAAUUUAAUAAUACAAUUCAAUAUCGAACAUUAGUUAAUGGAUCAUUAUCAAGUUAUACAUUUCCAUCAUUAUAUCCAAAUUCAAUUUAUUCAAUUGAUAUAUCAGCAGUUGAUAUAUGGAAACGUUAUGGUGGUAGUAUAACAAUAAAUAGUACAACAUUAUCAUCAAAUUCAAAUGAAUUUCCAAAAUCUUAUCAAUUUAUUGAUCGUCAUUUAAUUGAUCAAUCAGUUACAUGUUAUAGACUUGAUAAUCAAUUAAUAUUAAUUGAAUUUAAUAAUUCACAAUUAUUAUCUAUUAAUCGUAUAUAUAAUAUAACAAUAUAUGAUUAUCAAGAUCAUAUUGCAUAUACAGAUAAUCAUUAUAAUCAACAAUAUUUUUCAUCAAAUAAAAUUUUAUAUUCAUUUAUUUAUCGUUUAAAACGUAAAAGUUUAACAUUUAAAAUAAAAUUUAUAUUUUCAACAAAUCAAUAUGAAUAUAUUGAAACAAUAAUAAAAUAUUGUGAUGAUUUUUAUCCUAUUUAUUCACCAUUAACAUGUUCAAUUAAAUCAACUGGAACAAAUAAUCAUCGUUUAAUGAUACAUAUGCAAAUUAAUAAUAAUGAUAAACAAAUUAAUUCACUUAAACCAAUUAAUGUUUUUUAUAAAACAAGUCGAACUCAUUUUAUUAAAAAAAAUAUUUAUGAUAUUCAAAAAUAUGUUAGUGCAAAUGUCAUUGAUGUAAAAGAUAAUUAUUCUGUUAUUGUGGAAAAUAAUCUUACUGGUAGUAAUUCAAAUGAAAAAAUAAAUAUUUCUAUUUUGUGUCCAAUUACACGAAUAGCACUUAUUUCUGGAACAAAUGUUAAACGUGAAAAUCGAAUAUUAGGUGGAAUUAUUGUUGGUCUUGUUUUAUCAAUUCUAAGUCUUAUUACAUUAGCUUUUCUUAUUGCAUAUCGAAAGGGAUUCAUGCCGGACUGUCGUCGAAUGAUACUUCAUUAUGUAUAUUUAAUUCGUAAAAAACAUCAUCCAAGAUCAAAUCUUGUACAAACAAAUGGUUCUAUUGAUGGAAAUAUUAGUAAUGGAAAUACUAUCAAUUAUUUUGAUGGAAACUAUAAAGACUUUGAUUCAACAUCAAUACCAAUCAAUCAAUUUUCUGCGUAUGUAGCACGAAUGCAUAAAGAUGGAGAUUUUGGUUUUGUUCGAUUAUUUGAAGAUAUUUGUGAAGUAUCAAAAACUUAUACAUUUCCUGCUGACGUUUCACAACUUGAAUAUAAUAAAUCAAAAAAUCGUUAUACAAAUAUUUUAACAUAUGAUCAUUCACGUGUAAAAUUAUCAAGUGAUGAUAGAGAUGGUCGAGGCAAUUAUAUUAAUGCUAAUUAUGUAGAUGGUCACCAUAAAGCUAAUGCAUAUAUUGCAACGCAAGGACCCAUGCCAAAUACAAUCAAUGAUUUUUGGAGAAUGAUAUGGGAAAAAGAUAUUAGUGUAUUAGUAAUGAUUACUAAUAUAAAAGAACGUGGAAGAGUAAAAUGUGAUUUAUAUUGGCCACAAGAAGGUACUGAAACUUAUGGUACUAUUCAAGUGUCAUUAAUUACAACAAUAUCUUUUGCUUAUUAUGUUAAAAGAAUAUUUGCUAUUCGAUGUAAAACUAAUAGAAAGCGUAUCGGCUAUGAACGUCUUGUUCAUCAAUUUCAUUAUACUGAUUGGCCUGAUCAUGGUGUACCAUUAUUUACAUUACCGGUUCUUUCAUUUAUUCGUCAUUCAUCAGCUUGUAAUCCUGAUACAGGUGGACCAAUUGUUGUUCAUUGUUCAGCUGGUGUUGGUCGUACAGGUACAUAUAUUGUUGUUGAUACAAUGUUAAAAAAAAUUCGUGAACAACAUUCAUUAAAUAUUCCAUCAUUUUUAAAACAUAUUCGUCAACAACGAAAUUUUCUUGUUCAAACUGAAGAACAAUUUAUAUUUAUAUAUGAUGUUUUACUUGAAGCAAUUCAAUUAUUAAAUAUUGGUUAUAAUGAUUUAGAAUUAAAUGAAAAUAAUUUUGAUUAUAUUAUACAAAUGUUAGAUUAUUUUGAUAAAGAUUCAAAUUUAACACGUUUAGAUAAACAAUUUCAAUUAGUAACAUUACAAAAUAAAAUUAAUGAUUAUCAAUUAUCAUUUGGACAAAUGGAAGAAAAUUUAUCAAAAAAUCGUACACAAGCAAUUUUACCUUAUAAUCCAUGUCGAAUUAUACUUUCGACUGACAGAAAACCAGCUGGCGGAGAAUAUAUUAAUGCAUCAUAUAUGCAUGGUUGUCAUCGUGUUGAUGAAUUUAUAAUUACUCAACAUCCUAUGAUGAAUACUAUAACUGAUUUUUGGCAAAUGAUUUGGAAUACAAAUACAAGUAUCAUUGUUUCAUUAUAUGCUGAUGAAAAAUCUCAACCUGAUGUACCUGAUUUUUGGCCAUUACCAAAUCAAAUAAUGGAUUGUGGAAGUUUUAGUGUAUGUUUGAUUGAUGAACGUUUUGAAUGUGAAUAUAUUUAUCGAGAUUUUUUACUUCAAUCAACCGAAGAGGAUUAUGAAUUACGAGUCAAAAUUGUUUCAAGUACUUAUUGGCCAGAUGCAUGUUCACCUCUUAAAGCAUCAUUUAAUCUUAUAAAUACAAUAAGAAAAUUACGUAUGAAUGUUAAAUCAAAUGGUCCAAUUGUUGUUCACGAUCUUUUUGGUGGUCAUCGAGCUGCUACUUUUUGUGCUUUAUAUACAAUGAAUGAACAAAUGGAAGUUGAAAGUACAUUAAACAUCUAUGAAUUAGCUAAACUUUAUCAUAUCAAACGUCCUGGUAUAUGGCGACAUAAUGGUGAUUUAUUCUUUUUAUAUCGUUGUGCAGAAGUUCUUUUUCGUGAAAUGAAAUCACCAACAACAUAUAAUCAAAAUCAAACAUCAAGUUAUCAUCGUCGUUAUUUACCACAUCAAUAUAUACCAUCUCAACGUUUAGAUGAACCUGUACCUAUAACAUCAUAUACGUCAACAUCUAUUCAACCAAUAUCUACAUCAUCAUCAUCUGCCUUUGCAAAUGUUGCUCAAACUGUUAUGGAUUCAUUUUCUAAACGACGUCAAAAAUCACGUAGUUAUCGCUCACAAACAUUGAAGAAAAUUCUUUUUCUUAAUAAUGAAUCACCACUUUAA